CGUUUCCAGUAAACAAGCGGCCUUUUUUGUUCAUUGCCUCUCCCUGUAGAGCCCACUCGCCUUCAGCAUCGCAUCACAUCGCACCUGAAGCCGAACACCGCGACGCAGCCUGCCGCAAUUCAAGUUCAAUUUCCACUGCGAAAAGAGACAAAAGGAAAAAACCCCCGAUUGGCUGCAGAACACAAACGUCUUGCCGUCAACACAGACACGCAAAGAGAUAAAGAACAAGAACAGGACUCCAGUCUCCAUUGUUUUUGUUUCCAAUCAUCGCCUCGAUCUGAACCCGGUCCAACCUGACACCAAACUUGCGACAACCGCCCAAGCCAAGCUUCGCACCUUAGCUGGCCCCCCCUUGCUCAAUCUCCAUCACACACCAACUUACUCGCUCCUCUUCUCUCUCCUCUCCAUCUCUGCAUUGUCUGUCUGGAUUGGAGCCCGUCACUCGCAGUCGCCAAUCAGUCUAGCACGGAACCCCUGCCUUUGAUAGGUCUCAAGUCCUGCCAGCGGGUCUCUCUCUCUUUUUUUUCUCUCUCUGGUUAAAAAGGCUUCCAAGUCUCCAAAAACACCACCGCCAUGCCUGUCUCCAUAGACUCUGCUCGCCCAAUCAUGGCUCCUUCGAACCGCGCUUCCCUCCGCUACAGCACCUACAGCAUGGCUGCCCCGUCCGUGGCCAUGUCUGUCCAGACCAACGACUCCCAACACGCCGAAAUCCGCGAAAUCGCCACCGGCCUUGAUCGCAUGGAGAACAAGGCCCUCUCGUCCCAGCGCGUCAUCCUGACCGAGGAAAAGUACGAGCGCAUGAGCAAGCUCGCCCUCGGCGCAAAGCUGGAGCGCGCCCUCGACCGUCGCAUGAGCAGCCAGGACGCCGUCAUGCGCCCCCGGAGAAAGACGACUUCGGCAGUCGAGAAGACCAUCAGCGAGAAGGCCCAGUAAACGAAAACCAGCCAUGUUGGAUUAUUCGAUGACUGUGUCUUUUGAUAGCAGCUUUUAAUGCACCAAGAAGCUGCUCGCGACUCAUUUACACCAACCACACCAAAAAUCAGCCCCUAUUUUUUGCAUCAUCUGGGAUACAAUGGAAUAUUUUUUCCACUGGAGGGGGGGUCAUUUUACUCGUUUUGCGGAAUUGAUAGAGAUGAAUUCAGUCCAACGCCACGGCAUCCACUCACGACAUACUCAAAUGACAAAUAUCUCAUUUCACAUAUACCCCUUGCGUCUUACAUGAUACACUCAACAACAACAUCACAUCUCCUAAUUUCAAUCUUUUUUUCUUUGCUCUGUUAUGCUAGGAAGAAUGGAAACUUUUGUUUAUGCUUGUCUCUUUAUUUUUUUCAUUUCGUUGUUUGGAAAGGGUAACGGCGCUUAAAGAGGGGGGGCAGCGCGCGCGCGUCUUUAGCAGCCAGAAAAGCAGUCGAUAUAAUAUACAGGAGAAUGAUGAUACUGUAUUGACCUCAACUUGAUUCCACCUAUUAUGCAAUCU